CCAGCGCUUUCUUCCGUGAACACGUCCUCUGUAUAUACAUCAAGGUUCAUGUCAUUCGUUUGAGAAAUAUUCUGCGGUACUCGUGGCGUUUAAAAGUUUAAGUUCGUUUUAUAUUAAAUUUUCAAAAUGAGGUGGUGUGUUUUAAUAAGCGCGAUUAUAAGUUUAAUGUACGUUUGUUCCGCCGAAGUAUACUUAGAAGAAAAAUUCUUAGAUGAUUCCUGGGAGAAAAAUUGGGUGUACAGCGAACACCCCGACAAGGAAUUCGGAAAGUUUGUGCUAACUGCCGGGAAAUUCUACGGGGAUGAAAAGGAAAGUAAAGGUUUACAAACGUCACAGGAUGCAAGAUUCUAUGCAAUUAGUAGAAAGUUUAAGCCACUCAACACCGAAGGUAAAAACUUAGUUGUUCAGUUUUCUGUGAAACACGAGCAGAAUAUCGACUGCGGAGGCGGUUACCUUAAAGUAUUCGACUGCAAACUCGACCAAAAAGGUAUGCACGGCGAGUCUCCUUACCUUGUCAUGUUCGGUCCAGACAUUUGCGGUCCCGGCACUAAAAAAGUCCACGUGAUUCUCAAUUACAAAGAUAAAAAUGUCCUCAUUAACAAAGACAUUCGGUGCAAGGACGACGUUUACACGCACGUCUACACACUAAUCAUCAAACCCGACAACACCUACGAAGUACAAAUCGACGGAGAGAAAGCCGAAAGCGGCGAAUUAGAAGCCGACUGGGAUCUACUUGCGCCUAAGAAAAUCAAAGACCCCGAGGCAAAGAAACCCGAAGAUUGGGACGACAGAGCGACAAUUCCCGAUCCGGACGACACCAAACCGGAGGACUGGGACAAGCCCGAGCACAUCGCCGAUCCCGACGCGACCAAGCCCGACGAUUGGGACGACGAAAUGGACGGCGAAUGGGAACCUCCACAGAUCGAUAACCCCGACUACAAGGGCGAGUGGGCGCCGAAACAGAUCGAUAACCCGAACUACAAGGGUAACUGGGUGCAUCCCGAAAUCGACAAUCCCGAAUACACACCCGAUUCCAAUCUAUACCACCGAGGCGAGGUUUGUGCGGUAGGCUUGGACUUGUGGCAGGUGAAGUCUGGAACAAUCUUCGACGACAUCUUAAUUACCGAUGAUGUUGAUUAUGCGAAAUCCGCCAUCGCCAACUUGAAGGAAAUGCAGGACAAAGAGAAGGCGAUGAAGGAGGAGCAAGAUAAGGCCGAGCAGGAGGCGGCAGCUGUAGAUGAAAAGAAGGAUGAUACUGAGGAUGACGACGAUGAUGAUGACGAGACAGAGUCUGAGGAACCCCACGUGCCACAAGUAGAGGAACCAGAUCAUGAUGAAUUAUAGAGAGGUUGGGCGCGAGAGACAAUUUUUUAUAUAAUAGUGUGCAGUGUUUUGUUACUAGUGUACAUCGUUUAUUUGACUGAUUAUGUUAAGACUUGUGCGUACUAAGAUCUGAUAGAAAAAUCUCAAAAGUAUAUUGAUUGUUUUGUAUCGAAAAAGGUUAAUUAAUAGGAACAUUUUUACGUGCUGUACAAAUAAAUUAUUGCAAUAAACAUGUCCCAAAUUCAGUUGAA